GGGGCGCAAGGAGGGGCGCGCUCCCGGGGCCAGCCGCCUCCCUAGCCCUCUGACCAGCCUCCAGAAGGGCUGGGGGCAGCGACCGGCCUCGCGCCAGCAAGGCGAAUCCUGUCCCAGCUGGAGCCUGAACUGCUGCCCGCGGCCAGCUUCGGAGAUAGUCGGCCCCGGGAGCAGGAGAAAAGAUAAAAGCAACCGAAGGCAUCGGACUUGGCGACCCCGGAAUCCAAACUCGGGGGCGGGGGCGGCUGCUUCCCCACAGCGGCGGCAGGCUGGUGGGGCGCAGCUGGGACCCAGGGAAGGCGCGGAGGGGGCGCGCACCUGGAGCGGGCAGGUGGAGAAGAGUGGCACUAGGAUUUGUCCUCUUGGGAUCCCCAUGGCUCUCCGUGCUAGGCUCUGGGGCCCCUUCACCUAUGUAAGCAGAACCCUCAGCCAGCGCUACUUCAGCACCACUGGGAGUCUCGGUGCAAUUCAGAAGAUGACACGGGUACGCGUGGUGGACAACAGUGCCCUGGGGAACACCCCGUACCAUCGCCCUCCUCGUUGCAUCCAUGUCUACAACAAGAACGGGGUGGGCAAGGUGGGCGACCGCAUCCUGCUGGCCAUCAAGGGGCAGAAGAAGAAGGCGCUCAUCGUGGGGCAUCGCAUGCCUGGCGCACGGAUGACCCCCAGGUUCGACUCCAACAACGUGGUCCUCAUAGAGGACAAUGGGAACCCUGUGGGGACCCGAAUUAAGACUCCCAUUCCCACCAGCCUCCGCCAGAGGGAAGGCGAGUAUUCCAAGGUGCUGGCCAUUGCUCAGAACUUUGUGUGAGGAGAGCCCAGGCUCCUGGCUGCGGUGGGGCAGGUCUGAGCACUGUGCCUUCACCAAGAGGGACUUGGGGCUGGGGGGCUGCUCCCUCCACAUGGGGUGACAGUGUCUUGUGAGAAAAUAAACACUUCAUUUCUGUCUUCUCCUGA